GAUUCCAGAUACUCAUCUCAGAUCCCAGGGCCGUUUGACCUCCGUUUCCAUUUUGCCAAUAUAAACACCGUGCGCUUCCUCUCUCCCUCCCCGUCGAUUUCUCACGCACCACCAGCAGCCCCAAGAAACCACCGGGAAGGUCUCGUCGACGCCGCGGCGGAGGCACCAUGCCGAGCGACAACCCGGAGCUGCUAGCGCCGCUCGAGCUCCAGGCCGCCGCCGCCCCGCCUCCGGCGGCGGCCAAGAGCAGCGGCAAGAUGCAGAAGCUGCUCCGGUCGGCGUUCAAGCGCGGCGACUCGCCCUCGGCGGGCAGCGGGGAGGAGGCGGACCAGCUGAGCCGGUCGGGGUCCGAGUCGUCGUCCUCGGCGAGCAGCAGCCGCCCGCCGUCGGGGAGGCGGGCCAGGCGGCGCGGCGGGGACGGCUCCGUCGACGGCGACCGGUCCAGCCGCGAGAGCUUCGACCUCGACGGUUCCAAGAACGUCAAGUUGCUGUCUGCGCUGCGCGACGCGAAGAUCGGGCACGCAUUCGAGCCGUUCCCAUGGGAGAAGAAGAUGAGGGAGCUGCUCCCAGUGCCGGAGGCGAGCUGCUUCCUCUCCCUGCUGCUGCUGCCCAAGGCGAUGGACGGGUCCACCACGCGGUACAACUCUCUGGACGACACCCUCGCCCGCGCCGACGCCUGGCUCCUGUCGUCGCGGGCCUCCGGUGUGCCCAUCGUGUUCAUGAACGUGCAAGCGGAGGCUCUGCUGACCAAGAUCUCCGGCGAGAUGGCGCUUUCGACGGUGAACAUGGGGUCGCUGUCUGAUCUGGCGGGCAUGGCGAACGCGAGCCUGUACGGGUUCGAGGACUACCAUGGCGUGGACAUCGGCGUGGUGCGCGCGGUGCGGCUGUGGUACACGCCGGCGGCCGGCGAGGCGGCGCUGGAGCUGCGUCUGCGGCCCGGGGACACGCGGCUGGGCUUCGCCAUCAGCCGCACGGAGGAAGGGUUCAUCUACGUGUCGUCGGUGGCGGAGGAAGGCACGCCCGGGGUGGCGUCAGCGCGGACGGGUCUCCUGGAGCUGUACCGCGCGGCGCGUGGGUCGUCGAAGCUGCUCGUGGUGUCGCGCGUCGGCGGCGAGAAGGUGCUCCCCUGGAUGGUGUCCACCACCGGCGACGUCAAAUGCUUCGACACCGUGUCGCUGAGCCAGAAGCUGUCGCUGCACCGCCACGCGCUGCGCCCCAUCACGCUGCACUUCCUCAUGUGGGACCGCAAACUCGCCGCCGCGCUCCCCAGGGACGGCGACAUCGAGAAGCCGCCGCCGGUGCUCUUGCUGCCGUCACCUCUUAUGAGCUCAGAGAAGGCCGACGAAAUCGACAGCGGCGGCGAGGGACCAGGGCACAGCAGCAAGGACUCGAGGGACUCCUCCUUCAGAUUCCAAAACAUCGGCCUACCAGAUAGCUGGUUGUGAAUUAACGUGUGGCUUAUGUGCAUGCAUGGUGUAUAAUGCUGCAUAUUUUCGUCCCCCCCCCCUCCCCCUUUUUUUGCCUCUUUAUUUUCCUUAGAUGGGAACCGUCGUCCCUGCUGGUAAUUAAGAGUACGCAUCAUAACAAGGAACGUGUGUUGUUAGUUUCUUCUCU